AUGGCAGCAGCUCCGUUGGCAGGUCCACAGACCUUGCCUCAGACGGUUGCAGUUCCAGAGAACCCUUUGCCAAACACCGGGGCACAGCAGGUGGCAACAGCCUCGCAGAACCUUGUGCCAAGUGGACCGUCACAGCUGCAACGGCUUCCCCCGAUGGUAGUGCAUGCCAAUCCGGCUCCGGUCACACUUCAUGUGGCACCGACAAGGAGGGACUCCAUGGUGAGCGAGACCACUGCCGCGGGCGAUGAUGGUGUUUCGGUCGCAGAUUUAAUUGCGGAGAUGGAGACACAGCUUGCCCCAGAAGGCCAGACCGCACCCGUGCCUGCUGGUUUGCAGCACGGUGCCUCUAUGUUGACUGCGGCUGCUUCCUUCGACGACCUUUCCAAAGACUUGGUUCCCUCGGACACAUCGGCGGCGUUGCAGGCGAAGGCCCCCCAGAUCAAGCCGGGUCCAGUGCCAGGGCCCACCGCUAUCAUCAAUUCGGGAACCCACAAGACCGAGUACAAGACGUUCCAGCGGUUUUGUCAAAACUCGCCGGGAGCAGAGGAGUUGAAGAAGGUUUGGGUGCAGGGUGGACCGCAGCGUUUGGCGAUGUUCCAGAAGUUUGUGUUGACAGGUGUAUUCAAGCAGUUCUUUGAGAGUGAAGACCGGUUAUCGUGGAGGGACAGGUUCGACUUGCCAGACCCACCGGAGUGGGAUCGAGGCGAGGCGGAGAGCUUGUUUCCGGCUGAGAAGAAGCGCAAGGUCUUAGAUGCUGAUUUUGCUCCUGGCAUUUGCUUUACGGUCGUUCGUAAAACAGAGGGGUUGAGCUGGGAAGAUCAAAGGCAGCAGGACUCUGAUAAGGCGAUUGCACGAUGGAUCUUUAUCAUUGUGAAGUGGUCUGAGACCUGCCCCGACUUGUUGGUGUGUCAGAGUUUGGCUGAAUGCACCGAAACGGAGCAAAGGAACAACGUGAUUCAAGACUGGCUGCAUCCCAAGGCGCCGAGUACCUUGCUGAAGCGUGCUCAUUCAAUUAUGAGCUACCACAAGGUUUUUGGCUGGGGCGCAGGAACCCUUCCUCACAGUGAGCGAGAUGUGUAUCGUUACAUGUCGGAUGCAAAGGCGGGUGGGGCAAAACCGUCCCAGCUAAAGGCUCUGCGUGAGGCUAUAAUCUUUGUGCGCCAUGUGUUUAUGGUCCCACAACUGGACGGCGUGAUUGAGAGCCGGCGCUGUUUGGGGGCUUCGCAAAGGGGGACUGUGAAACGACGCAAAAAGCGAGCUCGUCCGCUGUCUAUUCUUGAAUUGAAGAAGCUUCACCAUCUGCUUGCGAACGAGGAGGUUCCAGCCUGGGACCGAGCUUUCGCAGGUGCAGUUCUUUGCUGCACUUACAUGAGGGCGAGAUGGGGCGAUUUCCAGCAUGCUGUCAGUUUUGAUAUCGAGACAAAUGACAAGGGUGACAUCGUCUUCUUGGUGUAUACUGUUGAAGUGUACAAGACAGUGAACGCCAAGUACUUUUCCGGCGAGCCUGUCAGGUUCAUCGCUCCAGGAAUCGGGAUGCUCGGCGAGAACUGGCUGCACUUAUGGAAGAAGGCAAGAGCCGAGGUGGGAUUGUACUCCUUCCUGCCGCCUUUGCCGACGCCAAACGCAGCUGGUGAGGCCAUGGGAUGUUCGGUCUCCUCUAGCGAAAUCACAGCCUGGAUUCAGAAGGUAUUGGCGCGUGACCCAAGUUUGAGUACCACAGGACACCUCAUGAAACGCACCUUCUUGACGAUGGCGGCAAAGCGAGGCAUCGAGCAUCUGGAUCGAUUGGCAAUGGGCGGCCAUGCUCAUUCGGCAAAAAUGGCCGAUACUUAUGGUGAUGAUGAGCUGGCGCGACCAUUGAGACUGCUUCUGGCUUUGUUGGAGGGGUCUUCGACCCAGAUGCUGGACGGGCCGGUUACAUUCAAGGUGCGGGCCUACGUGAGCGCAGGUUGGAUGCGGAUCGGAAGGUGCACCUCCAGUUGGAGGCUUGCCCGGCGCCAGUGGCUGGGGUGGCCUUUGGGAGCGGUCAGGCAAUAG